CGCCCCGCGUUGCGCGUGAGGAGGCGGAGCUUCUAGUGGGGGGAGGCCGGGGCGGGUCCUAGAACUGACCGCGGGCCCGGAUGGCUGACAGGGCCGUGUCGCGCUCCGCUGGCCGCAAGGCCCGGGCGUCCCGCUCCUCCCGAAACGCCGCAGGUACUAAACAGACAAGUGCUUUGAAACCAGAAGAUGCUUCUAAAAGGAAAGCAGAACUAGAAGCAGCUGUGAGAAAGAAGAUUGAGUUUGAGAGAAAAGCUCUACAUAUAGUUGAACAGCUUUUAGAAGAGAAUAUUACAGAAGACUUCCUAAUGGAGUGUGGGAAGUUCAUCACACCUGCUCACUACAACGAUGUCGUGGAUGAACGUUCCAUUGUCAAACUCUGUGGAUAUCCUUUAUGUCAGAAGAGACUGGGAAUUGUACCAAAACAGAAAUAUAAAAUUUCCACAAAAACCAAUAAAGUCUAUGAUAUUACUGAAAGAAAGGCUUUUUGCAGUAAUUUUUGUUACCAAGCAUCUAAAUUUUUUGAAGCACAAAUUUCCAAAACUCCAGUAUGGGUUCGAGAAGAAGAGAGGCAUCCCGAUUUUCAGCUGCUAAAAGAAGGACAAAGUGGCCAUGCUGGAGAAGAAGUACAAUUAUGUAGUAAAGUCAUUAAAACAUCAGAUAUUGACAAUUUCAGCCAUUUUGAAAAGCAGUAUGAAUCUAGUUCUUCUAGCACUCAUAGUGGUGAUAGUAGCAGUGAUAAUGAGCAAGACUUUGUUUCCUCCCUUCUACCAGGAAACAGACCAAAUUCAACAAGUAUUAGGCCACAGCUACACAGAGAAAGCAUAGUGAAAAAGAAAGCUGGUCAAAAAGUUAAUUCCAAACUCAAAGACAAAGAACAGACAGUAGUAGGUGUCACUGAACAGUUAGGCAAUUGCAGAUUAGAUAGUCAGGAGAAAGCUGUCGCGUAUGAACUUCCUUUGCAGAAAGUAAAUACUCAGAUUUCUUUAAGUAGUACUUUGCCCGAGAGAUCAAAAGCUUAUGAAAAUUCUGAUUAUAAAUACAGUAGGUCAGAUAUAACUCUAGUAGGCAUAAGUAAGAAAAGUGCUGAGCAUUUUAAGAAAAAAUUUGCCAAAUCAAACCAAGCUUCUGGGUCAGACUCUAGUUCAAUGCAGGUGUGUCCUGAAGUUGCAAAGACCAACUUACUUCAAGUUUUGAAGGAGACUUUGACUGAGUGGAAGACAGAAGAAACUUUGAGGUUUUUGUAUGGCCAGAAUUAUGCUUCUGUGUGUCUGAAACCCUCUUCAGCCCCUCUGGUUAAAGAAGAACUUGAUGAGGAUGACAUAAACUCUGACCCAGAUAGUCAUUCCCCUUCCUGGAGGGAACCUCAGAACACCUUGGAUGAGUCUUUACCUUUUAGUGGCUCAGAUACAGCCAUUAAACCUUUGCCAAGUUAUGAGAACUUGAAAAAAGAAACUGAAAAAUUAAAUCUAAGGAUCAAGGAGUUUUAUAGAGGACGAUAUGUUUUGAAUGAAGAAACUACCAAAUCACAAGACUCAGAAGAGCAUGAUCCCACCUUUCCACUGAUAGAUUCAAGUUCCCAGAACCAAAUUAGAAAACGCAUCGUACUUGAAAAAUUGAGUAAAGUAUUGCCUGGACUUUUAGGUCCUCUUCAGAUUACCUUGGGAGAUAUUUACACACAACUUAAAAAUCUUGUCCGAACUUUCAGGUUAACAAAUAGAAAUAUUAUACACAAACCUACAGAGUGGACUUUAAUUGCUGUAGUGUUGCUGUCAUUACUGACCCCAACUCUUGGCAUUCCGAAGCAUUCUCAGGAAAAUGAGAUGUUUACACAGUUUAUAGCCACCCUGCUGGACGAAUUACAUUUAAAGAAUGAAGACCUUGAAACUUUAACCACCAUAUUUAGAACCAGCUGUUAAACGAACUGAUAUAUUGCAUGAAGACAAGACCAGAAAAUGAAGUUCUCUUCACCAUUUCUAGAAUUCUAGCCACCACGAUUGUCUGGUGGUAACUGAUAACCAGCUUUUGUUUCAAGAAAGACCUUUACCUCCUUAACGUUUCAACACCCCACUUUCCAGUCCCUGAGUCCUUAACUACAAAGGAUGACUUCCCCAGGUAGAGGAGAUAGCCAAGUCCUGGCAUCCCUGGUUACCAUAGUAUUUUUAUUUGAAAAUGAAAAAUUUUAAGUAUUAAAUUGAAAUCUAGAGAUUUUUUAAUUUUUUUUUUUUUUUUUUCAGUUUUUGCUUAAACCUGCCACCCCCCGGUAUAUGGGGCUGGCGCCCUACUCACUGAGCGACAGGCGCCACCCAUUCAAUUGAAAUUUGAAUGAAUAUUCAAGAAAAUAUAAUGAUCUCAGAUUUUCCUGGAUAAGUCCAACCAUCAUAUCAGUUUACCCAAAAGUUGAGAAAACUACAAUUUUGGCCUCCUAAAACUCUAGAUUCUAAAAGAUAGCAGUUAGGUCAAUAAAUGCAUUCUAAGAUGAAGACCUUUGGGAGUCUAGUCAUUAUUCUUUUAAGGAAGCUGGGAAAUGACAGUUGCUAAAGUCCAACCAUGGCAAGGGAUCAAAAAGCAGCUUGGUGGAAUUGGAAGGUCAUCGGGCAAGGAGGUGGGGACAUGAUUUCUCAUUUUGGCUGUCCCAAUAAUUAGCUCUGUAGCCAAGUCACCUAAACUUUCUGGACUUUUUUUUUUUUUUUAACUUAUCUGACUUGUCUAACCACAACAAAAAAUAAUAGUGUGACAGACUCAUCAAGAUCAGCAAGGUCACAGGUUACAAUAAUCAAUAUAUAAAAAUCAAUUAUGUUCUCGUAUGCUAGCAAUGAAAAAUUCAGAAAUGAAAUUAAAAGAUGUUUGGAGAACACUUAGAGAUCUAAAAAUAGAUCUGCCAUUCAAUCCUACAAUUCCUCUACUAGGUAUAUAUCCAGAAGACCAAAAAUCACAUUAUAACAAAGAUAUAUGUACCAGAAUGUUUAUUGCAGCCCAAUUCAUAAUUGCUAAGUCAUGGAAAAAGCCCAAGUGCCCAUCGAUUCAUGAAUGGAUCAAUAAAUUGUGGUAUAUGUACACCAUGGAAUAUUAUGCAGCCUUAAAGAAAGAUGGAGACUUUACCGCUUACAUGUUUACAUGGAUGGAGCUGGAACAUAUUCUUCUCAGCAAAGUAUCUCAAGAAUGGAAAAAAAGUAUGCAAUGUACUCAGUCUUAUUAUGAAACCAAUUUAUAGCUUUCUUGUGGAAGCUAUAACCCAAUUGUAGCCCAAGAAGAAGGGGAAGGGAGGGGAAGGGAAGGAUGGGUGGAGGGAGAGUAAUUGGUGGGACCACACCUACGGUGCAUCUUAUAAGGGUACAUGUGAAAUUUACUAGGUGUAGAAUAUAAAUGUCUUAACAUAAUAACUAAGAAAAUGCUGUGAAGGCUAUGUUGACCAGUUUGAUUAAAGCAUUUCAAAUUGUAUGUAAAACCAGCACAUUGUACCCCAUGAUUAAAAUAAUUUCACUCAUAGUAGCCCCCCAAAGAAUUAAAUACUUAGAAAUAAAUUAACAAAUACAAGACUUAUAUAAUGAAAACUAUAAACAUUCACGGAAAGAAGAUGAAAGUAAAUGUAGAGACAUUUCAUGUUCAUGAAUUGAAAGAUCCAAUAUUCUUAACAUAGCAGUUCUUCCCAAAUUAUCUACAGUACAAUCCCUAUCAAAAUGAAAAGCAAGAUUUUUGAAAUACUGGCAAGUUGAUCCUCAAAUUUAUGUAAAAAAUGCAAAGAUUGAGAGCCAAAACAAUUCUGAAAAUGAAGAUUUCUUGAUUCAAAUUUUAGUAAAAAGCUACAGUAAUCAAUACAGUGUGAUGGCACAUGUAGAUAGAUAGGCAUAUAGAUCAAUGGAACAGAAAUAAGAGUCCAAGAAUAAACUCUUCUGACACAGAUGCCAGGACAAUUCAUUGGAGAAAAGAUGGUUUUUGUUUUGUUUUGUUUUGUUUUUGAGACAGAGUCUUACUUUGUUGCCCUCAGUAGAGUGCUGUGGCAUAAUUAUACCAAACUCCACAAAUGAAAAAUUUCUGAACUUACAUUUUCUCUAACCUUUAUACCCCACCCCCUUACAUAUCCAUUCUCUCCCUUUUAUGAUACUCUGUCUUUACUAUGCACUGAGCUCCAGCUCACCUAAGCUAACUCUCCAAGGGAGCAUGCAACCCCUCUAAACACUGAUAGUGCCAUUUGCUAAGCUCUCAACCUUGACAAGAUUUGAGCAGUUGGUUCCUAAGGCCUUGGGUGUCUGACCCAGUCUGUGGUUGUCAUGUGAUUUGCUGACUCAAAGCCUGAAUACCUCUCUCCAGAACACCCACUCCCUGGUCCCCAUGUGUCAUUCUUCAUCAUUGAAACAGUGUGUUGCCUUCAAUAAAGCAGAACUCCAGAUUUUCUUAUGAAUUCCCAAGUUUCAAAGAAUGGGAAGAAAUGUUUUGUGAAAAUUCUGUUGCUCUUUUCAGGGAAGAAGACUUGAAUAGCUUUUAUGACCAGGGCAUGGAGGCUCACACCUCUAAACCCAGCACUUUGAAGGGAGGAUCACCUGAGGCCAGAAGUUUGAGACCAGCCUGGGUAACGUAGUGAAACCGUUUGUCUACAAAAAAUUUGCAAUUAGCCAGGCAUGGUGGUAUGCACCUAUAGUCCUAGCUACUUGAAAUGAUCAGUCACUUGAGCCCAGGAAUUCAAGGUUAUAGUGAGCUACGUUAGUGCCACCACACUCUAGCCUGGGCAGCAGAACAAG